AUGGGAAACCAAACAUCAGUGAGAGAGUUCAUCCUUCUUGGAAUGACAAGUGACGCCAAGCUUCAAGCUGUGAUUUUCCUUUUUCUGCUCUUAACUUACAUUUUAAGUAUCACAGGAAACUUGACCAUCAUCUUUCUGACUCUGCUGGAUUAUCGCCUUCAAACUCCGAUGUAUUUCUUCCUCCGGAAUUUUUCCGUUUUGGAAAUAUCUUUCACCUCUGUCUUUGUUCCCCAAAUGUUAGUCACUAUUGGAACUGGAAACAGGACCAUCUCCUUUGCUGGUUGUUUCGCUCAGUAUUUUUUUGCCAUCCUUCUGGGAGCAACCGAAUUUUACCUUUUAGCUGCCAUGUCUUAUGAUCGCUACAUUGCCAUUUGCAAACCCCUGCAUUACACAGCUAUAAUGAGCCGAAGACUCUGCUUUCAGCUGGUGCUGUGUUCCUGGUUCUCUGGUUUUUUAGUCGUCAUUGUGCCACAUGCAAUGACUCUCCAGCUGCCUUUCUGUGCCUCCAACAUCAUCAAUCAUUAUUGCUGUGACUAUACUGUACUGUUGCAUUUAUCCUGUUCAGACACACAUUUAAUAGAAGUGAUUGAGUUUGUCCUUGCUUCCGUUACCCUCAUCUUCACCUUGAUGCUAGUGAUUCUUUCCUACACAUACAUUAUCAGGACAAUUCUGCGAAUCCCCUCUGUUCAACAAAGAAAAAAAGCUUUUUCUACAUGCUCCUCUCACGUGAUUGUGAUCUCACUUUCUUAUGGAAGCUGCAUCUUCAUGUAUAUAAACCCCUCUGUAAAGGAUGCAGCCACUUUUAAUAAGGAAGUGGGUAUCUUAAAUACCUCUGUUGCUCCUCUCUUGAACCCUUUCAUCUAUACACUACGGAACAAGCAAGUGAAAAUGGCCUUCAGCGAUAUGGUCAGUAAGAUAACAAUUUUUUUUCAGAAAGUAAGACUCCCUGACAUUCAUUAUUAA